CCUUCUUAUCAACAAACCCCUGUUUAUCUCGGGUCCCCCAUCCCGAUGGCUACCAAUGUGGUCAAACAAUGACAUUUGAUGGAAUGAGCGUUGUCCUAGUUAUCUCCAGAAAUCAUAUAAGAGAGGUAGGUGGGUAUCGGUCUACCAUGGAUUUUCAUCAGCAGGUUCCAACCUCUUUACGCAAAUUCCUCUUCCUGUUUACGUCUCCAAAUCAUCGACCUUGUCAAUAUGGACGACAUAUCCAAGCAGCAGGCUUUGGAUGAGAAAGCCAUUGGUACCCCCAACGACGGUCAUGGGCCAGCAACCGCCCUCAAGCAGGUCGGGAUUGUCGAGCCCCAGAUUGAUCCCGCCAAAGAAAAGAUUCUCCUGGCUAAAUUGGACCUGUUUUUCGUUCCCAUAAUCAUGCUGGUGUACCUGUCCUGCUUUCUUGACCGGUCAAACAUUGGCAAUGUGAAAGUUGCUGGAAUGCCGGAGGAUAUUGGCGCAUCUGCUCAGCAAUUCUCGACAGCAGUUUCAAUUUUUUAUGCGACUUACGUGACGUUUGAGACUCCGUUCGCGAUUGCCCUCAAAAAGCUUACACCGCGCGUCCUGUUGACCACACUUUCCGUGAUCUGGUCUUUGACCACAAUCUUCUCCGGAUUCAUUCACAGUGUUGGCGGAUUAUAUGCUAGUCGUCUCGUGCUUGGGGCCUGUGAGGCUGGAUUGUUCCCGUCUCUGACACUCUAUAUAACCAUGAUAUGGCGAAGAGAAGAACAAGCAAAGAGGGUCGCGUACCUCUUCAGCUGUACCGCCUUGUCUGGUGCUUUUGGAGGGCUGCUGGCCUAUGCAUUACUCCAGAUGGACGGAGUUGCUGGAUAUGCGGGAUGGCGCUGGGUAUACAUUAUUGAAGGGAUUUUUUCUAUGCUCAUUGCAGUUGCGGUUUGGUUCGGUCUGCCCACCAAUCCUGCAGAAGCAUGGUUCUUGAGUGACGAGCAAAAGCACAUGAUGAGGAUUCGCAAUGAACAAAGAAUCCAGUACAUGGGCAGCGAUGAACUCGACUGGCAGGAGGUCCGGAUUGCCUUCAAAGACCCCAAGCUUUAUUUGAGCGGAGCCAUACAGUUCUGCCAGGACAUUUUGCUAUACGGGUUCAGCACGUUCUUACCGGCAAUUCUGAAAGCUGCACACUAUAAUACCCUACAAAGCAAUUAUCUCACCAUCCCAGUCUACAUCUUUGGCGCCAUUGCUUUCUUGGCCGCCGCCGUGGCAUCGGACAGACUCAGGAUGCGAUCUCCGUUUAUUCUCUUUGCCAACAUUUUUGGAAUAGUGGGAUACAUUGUGCUCCUUACGGUCUCGACUGAUGGAGUUCGGUAUUUCGCGACGUUCCUCUGCGCUGUGGCUGUGUACAACGGUCCUGGAAUGAACGUUACGUGGAUCAACGUGAACGUUGCUCCACACUAUCGGCGAGCGACCACGAUUGGGUUCCAGCAGACAAUCGCGAAUACUGCAGGGAUUGUCGCUGGUCAAAUAUACAGGACGUCACCAUACAAGCUUGGCCAUAGCUUUUCACUGGGGGCGCUGUGUCUUGCUCAAGUACUGAUUGUGGUGAAGAUGUUUUAUAUCAAAUGGUGGAACACGAGGAAGGAGAAGAUUGCGAGAGGAGAGAUCCCAGACACGCGCAAGUACAAGACAGGAGAUAGGGAGCUCGACUUCAAGUAUCAUUUGUAGACAUUUCUGCUAUGGUUGGACAAGAAGAUACCUCAUGGUUUGAGAACCUUGUCAAAGGUCAAAAUAACAGGCAAGAAUUCCGGGGGAGUAUUGAGCCUCAAAACGCGCGUCACUUUCUAGCUACGUCGAGGCAUUGAUGACGCGAC